UCAUAUUGAUCAUGACGGAAGAGAUCUUAGAAACUGAACCAACCCGUUGUUGUUGUGUAUUUCGUGAGAUGGAUAUAUUCCGUUUGCAUUAAGAUGUAUUAACCUUUGCGACAGCAUGGUUUUUGAGUCACUCGUGAGUGAUCUGUUGAACAGGUUCAUUGGUAAUUAUGUGGAAAACCUUGACAAGUCUCAGUUGAAAAUCGGCAUUUGGGGAGGCAAUGUUGUCCUUGAGAACCUGAGAGUGAAAGAAAAUGCUUUGAGUGAGUUGGAUGUACCAUUUAGAGUGAAGGCAGGGCAGAUUGGAAAGCUAAGUUUGAAGAUUCCUUGGAAGAACCUGUAUAAUGAAGCAGUGGUGGCGACAUUAGAAGAUGUCUAUGUCCUUGUGGUACCUGGAGCGACAAUAAAGUAUGAUGCUGAGAAGGAAGAACGCUAUCUACAGGAGGCUAAGCAGAAAGAACUGCAGCGCAUUGAUGAUGCUCUUCAAACUGCAGCACAAAGAGGACAAAAGCAUAAAAAAUAUAAAAGAAACUUUAGGAAAUCUAAACACACCAAACAAAAGACAGAGAAUCCUAAAGAAGAGAAAAAAGACUCAUUUGUAGAGAAGCUUGCCACACAGGUCAUCAAAAACUUGCAAGUGAAAGUCACCAGCAUCCAUAUAAGAUAUGAAGAUAAUGUAUCAAAUCCACAGAAGCCCCUCUCAAUUGGUGUAACCCUUGCAGAGCUUAGUUUGCAGACCACGGAUGAGAAUUGGAAUAUGUGCAUCCUUGAUGAAGCCUCCAAGAUAUUUUAUAAGCUGGGUCGUUUGGAGUGCCUUUGCACUUACUGGAAUGUCAACAGCUCUACUAUGUCCUCUGGGUCAUGGGAGGAUAUUGUGGAUAUGCUAAAAGCUGGGAUCAGCACCAAGGACCAGGGACUGAAAGAAUUUCAGUACAUAUUUAAACCUAUAUUUGCCACAGCAAAAAUCUGUAUCAACCCAAAUGCAGAGAUGGAGCUGAAGACACCAAGAGUUACCCUGCAUCUAGAGGUUGACAAAAUUGCUCUUGAGAUGACCAAAUCUCAGUACCUGACCAUGGUGGAACUGCUUGAGACCUUUGACUACAUGGCGAAGAAUGCUCCUUAUAGAAAGUUUCGGCCAGAUGUUCCGGUCCAUACAAAUGCCAGGCAGUGGUGGCAGUAUGGUAUUCAGAGUAUACUGGAAGUACACAUACGAAGACUGAAAGAGAUGUGGAGCUGGCCUCAUAUCAGACAACAUCGUCAGCAUCUUCGUGCAUACAGAGUCAUCUACAAAAGCCAUCUCAUUCAAGGCAAAACAAAGGGUGACCGGGACACACAGAUAAAGGAGCUGGAAAAAGUUCUAGAUGUGUUUAACAUUACAAUGGCACGCCAACAAGCCCAUAUGGAGGUCCUUAGGUCAGGGCAAAAGGUGGUAUGCAAAAGGGGAAGUGCCCAGAAGCAGAGUGGGGGAUUCUUCAGCAGCCUUUUCUGGCGGAAAGAAAGUGGGAAGAGAAAAGAAGGGGACGAUGAGAAGGAGGAGGACACAAAGUUAAGAAGUCUGGAAGCCAUCUUAACAUCGGAGGAGAAAGAAAAACUCUACACAGCCAUUGGUUACAGUGGCAGUUCACAUAAUCAAGCACUGCCAAAGCAGUAUGUUGCUGUGAUUGUGAGUGUUAAGCUGAUGAGGACUUCCAUCACUCUGAGAGAGGCAGAAAAUGUUCCAGAAAUCCUGAAGGUCCAGAUGGUUGACCUCACAACUCAAAUCUCACAGAGACCAGGAGGUCAGGCCAUCAAGAUGGAAGCUGGCCUAGAGCACUGGUAUGUGACUGGCUUACAACAGAAUGGAGUGGUGCCUUCUAUUAUUGCAUCAAUGGGAAGCAACACGUCUUCAUUGCUAAAUAUACUAUUCGAAGUGAAUCCUGAAGAUCAAACUGCUGAUCAGCUUCUUUACAUCCAAUCCCAGCCUGUGGAGAUAAUCUAUGAUGCCGUUACAAUCAACACCUUGGUAGAGUUUUUUAAGCCAACAAAAGGAGUUGACUUGGAGGUCAUUACCUCUGCAACACUCAUGAAACUGGAGGAGAUAAAAGAGAAAACUGCAACUGGUCUGUCUCACAUCAUACAGACACGGAAAGUUCUAGACCUGAGAAUCAACUUGAAGCCCUCUUAUUUUCUGUUGCCAUUUUCUGGCUUCAAUUAUGCUGAAUCUGACUUGAUGAUACUUGACUUUGGUAGUUUGCAGUUAACAACUGUGGAUCAGGAAUCUCAGCAGUUAUUAUCCUGCUCAUCUCUGGAAGAAGUUAUGGACCAGGCUUAUGAAAAAUAUUCACUAGAGCUGCGCAAUGUUCAGUUAUUGUUUUGCACUGGAGGCAAAAACUGGAAGGCUUCCCAUCAGACAGGUUCCUCCCCCCAGCACAUAUUGCAGCCCAUGGAUUUCACCCUCCAGCUCAGCAAGUGCAUGGUGGACCAAGAUACCAGGAUGCCAAGGUUCAAGUUAUUGGGUGAAUUGCCACUACUGCAUGUUAAAGUCUCUGAACAGAAGAUCAAGGGCAUGUUCAACCUCCUGAGAAGCAUUCCUUUACCAUCCACAACAGAUACCCUUGCAUCUCCUAAGAAGGUUUUGGCCACACCUCUGUCAAACACAACCAAGAUUUUAAAAGCUUCUACUUUUCUGGACAUGGACUCAGACUUUGAGGAGGAUACCAGUGAUGCCUCUCAAGAUGAAGAGCUCAUGAAAAUGACAAAAGCUGAGCUAACAGACUUGCAAUUCAAGUUUGAAGUUAAAGAGGUCUUGCUGCAACUGACACGGGAUGACUCCAAUGAACAGUGUGUUUUAGCUUGUGUUUGUCAGCUUGGUGCUGAGGGUAAACUUAGAACAUAUGACAUGAAUAUUACAUCAUACUUGCACAAGGUCAGCCUGGAUCACUAUGAAAUUAGAGACUCCUUCAAUCAGCCGCUGCAUUUGAUCUGUUCUUCUGAUGCCCAUGACAAUGAUCUGUUGAAAGUAGUGUUUGUUAAAGCUGAUCCUGAUGGACCACACUUUCUGAACACUUUUGAGAACACUGAACAAACACUUAAGGUUGAGUUCUCCUCUCUGGAUUUUCUCCUUCACACCAGAGCACUGCUGUCUUGCAUAGAUUGUUUAAGCUCAGCCCUGCCUGAAGAGUGGACGACAGGCAGAGACAGAAAAGAGAGGAGUCACCAUGAGAAAGACUUGGAAAAGAUGGAGAUUAAAGGAUCCAGAGAUGCAGAUGUUGUGGCCUUUAAGGUUGUUGCUGUACUUGGAUCCUUUGGAAUUAGGGUGUGUGAUGACCAAGUUGAAAUAGCUGAUAUCAAAAUACGAGGAAUCGAUGCAUCUGCUAUGGUCCAGUCAAAGAAGACAGAGGUGUUUGUUAGGCUGAAGGAUAUUGCAGUUAUGGACAUUGCUCCAAAAACGCUCCAUAAAAGGGUGGUCUCCAUUGUUGGAGAGGAGGUGUUCAGCUUUAAAUUGUGUCUUUACCCCAAUUCUACUGAGGGUGAGGGUUACUUAGACACUUCAAAGGUCGAUGGAAAGGUUACUCUCAGGAUGGGCUGCAUCCAGAUUGUGUAUCUACACCAUUUUUUUACGUCUCUGCUGAUUUUUGUGGAUAACUUCCAGGCAGCAAAAUCAGCCCUGACUGCAGCGACAUCUCAGGCAGCGGAAAAGGCAGCAAGCAGCAUGAAGGAAUUUGCUGAGAAGAGUUUUCGCCUGUCCAUGGAUGUCAAACUCAAAGCCCCCCUCAUCAUUAUUCCCCAGUCAUCUUCCUCCCAUAAUGCAUUAUUGGUUGACCUGGGACUCAUCACUGUGAGCAACUGUUUCAGCCUGGUUCCAGCUAAUGAAGGUCCAUUUCCUCCACUUCUGGAAACAAUGGAAAUCAAACUUACCCAACUCAAACUGGUCAGGAUAACUUUGAAAAGCAUGAUGCCCUCUCAGAUGUCCGCUGAGACUGAGCUUCUGAAUCCCAUUAAUCUGGAGCUCCAGGUUAAACGCAACCUUUCCUCAACCUGGUUUUCUAAAAUCCCUGGAUUGGAGAUGCAAGGAGUCCUCAAUGCAAUGAAUAUCUGUCUGGGAGAAGAAGACUUCUGUCUUUUAACAAAGAUUUUAAUGGACAACAUUGGAGAAGAAACCAGCAGCCGUUUUGUUGAUGUGGAUAGACCCACUACCGCUACAGAGUGUCAUCAGAAUGAAGAGGUGACAUGUAAACAAACUGAAGAACCGAGUGUUUCGCCAUUAUCAGAAGCAGGAGAUCAACAGUUAAUCACUGAUGAAGGCCUUUGGAAAAACACAGUUAACAUUCUGCUCAACUUUGAAAUCAUGGAAGUUACAUUGAGACUGAAAAAGUCUCAUGAGGGAAUUGAGAGUCCAUUUCUAGACCUGAAUGUUUCACAACUUGGUAUCAACAUGACAACACGCAAAUAUGACAUGUGUGCCACCACUUAUAUACAAGCAGUCUCGUUGAGGUGUCCACAGUUCUUAGACAUAAAUGGAAAACCUCUCUGCCUCGUUACCUCUACUGCAGAGUGUGGAACAGAACUUCUCAAAGUGCAAUAUGCCAAGGCUGAUAAGAAUGGGCCAAACUUCCGAACCACCUAUAAGAACACUGAACAAAUAAUAAAUGUCUUGUUCUCCUCUCUGGAUGUGAAACUGCACAGUGAGGCUCUGCUCUCUGUUAUGAACUACUUCUCAUCUGUCAUGAUCCAUUCACCAACAAGCACCGUCACUGCUAACAUAGAGACCAAACAGAAUGUUGGUUCAAGAGCACAUGGCAAAACAUUUGAAGUUUCAGAAUCUCCUGUUGAUGAUGGUGUGAUUGAUCUGAAGAUCUUGAUGAAGCUUGGGGCAUUUAAUGUUUUGUUAUGCGACCUUAGCUGCCGUAUAGCAGAUGUCAGGAUUCAAGGUCUGCAAGGUCUCCUGUUGAAGCAGCAGUCUGAAAUGCACAUGUCCACCAGCCUCAAAGAUUUCAUCAUGGAGAAUGUGGAUCCCAACACACUGCACACCAAGGUUGUUUCCAUAACUGGAGAUGAAGUUUUUAGAUUCAGCAUGAGCUUGACUCCUAAGGCUACAGAAGGUUCUGGUUAUGCUGACGUGACCAAGAUGGAUGGGUGUGUCAAGCUGUCUGUGGGCUGCAUCCAGGGGGUCUAUCUACACAAGUUUGCCAUGUCACUUCUGAACUUCUCUAAUCACUUUCACAUGGCAAAAGAGGCUCUGAGUGUUGCCACAACUCAUGCUGCAGAGAGGGCUGCCAGCAGUGUGAGGGAUCUCGCUCAAAAAAGUGUCCGUGUGUCUUUGGACAUAAGACUAAAAGCCCCUGUCAUCAUUAUUCCUCAAUCCUCAUUGUCCCAUAAUGCUCUGCUGGUUGACCUGGGCCUCAUCACAGUUGACAACACCUUCAGCUUGCUACCUUUGGAAGAGGGUCCCCUCCCCGUUGUAAUCGAGCACAUGAAUGUGAACCUCACACAACUUAAGCUUUCUAGAGUACAUUUGCAUCAGAACUACAGUACUGAGCUAUUGGAACCUGUGAACCUGGUGUUGAGUGUGCAGCGGAACCUGGCCUCUUCCUGGUAUUUGAGUCUGCCAGCCGUGCAAAUACACGGUGACCUCAAGCCAAUGAAGGUAUCACUGAGUCAGGAGGAUCUUAAAAUGGCUCUAAGUAUUCUGAUGGAGAAUACAGGAGAGGUCAGCUUGGGAGACAUUCAAAAGACAGUUGAUUACAAACGUGACCGCGCCAAAGAGCAGGAUUGCACAAUAAAAGAUGUGUGUGUGGAUCAAUCAAACAAGGGACCAGAGACUGAACAGCUGACUGCAGAGACGAUGGAGACACUUAAAUUCAGCUUUAAUAUUAAUUCUCUUGGGCUGGUGCUAUUUGGCAGCCACUCUCAAAAGGUAUCAGAGAAAAUUAUGGACCAGCCUUUAGGAGAAUUCACACUCCAUCAAAUGAGAGCUGAAGGAAGGGUGCUGUCAGAUAACAGCCUUGAAAUAUCUACUGUUCUGAAGAGCUGCACUUUACAUGACCAUAGGACCACUGGUGAACGAGUCACAUCUAGAAUGCUGGGGAGGAGAGAUGAGGACAGCUCCGAUGCCAUGAUUGAUGUGACAUACAGGCAGAACAUAAGUGAAAGAAAGGUGGUAGUUGUUUUGCAAAACCUUUAUUUGUGCGCCAGUAUGGAGUUUCUUUUGGCCGUGGCAGACUUUUUCAUCCAGGCUAUGCCCCAAAUGCCACCUACUAAAGUUGACAAGGCUAACCAGCUUCAGGUGAAACAGGUGUCAGAUGCCACGUUUGCUGCACAUAACCACUCAGUGUGGAUGCAGAGGACCUACGUACAUGCAGUUGUUGUGAACCCCGAAGUCGUGUUUGUGGCAAAUCAAACAUGUGCUCAAGCACCAUCUUUGGUGGCAUCAUUCCAGUGUGACUGCCACUUCAAGUCAGACGGGACUUCUUUUAGUUUAUCAUCCAAUAUCAGGGACCUGCAACUUCUUGCUUGUCCUUUCAUACGCAAGCAAGAAGACAAGGCUGUCUCAACGGUGCUGCAUCCAUGUUCAGUCAAGCUGGAAGGCAGAAUGGAGCCAAACGGUCCUCUGCAUGUCUUGGUGGAUAUAGAGGAAGUAAUCAUCAAGAUCUCUCCAGUUAUUAUAAACACAGUUUUGACAAUAUCUACAGCCAUGACUCUAAAGGCACCAGCUAAGCAAUGUGAGGUAUGUCCAUCUGACUGGAGCAAACUGUUGAGUGUCAUGGAUAUCAAUAGCUGCAACUACUGGUUCCUGGGAGUAGAUCCUGCACAGGAAAUGACUGAGAAUUUCAUCGUUGCUAAGGAGCAUGUAGACGAGAAUUUCAAGUUUCAGGUGAAAGUUGUCCAGUUGAUUUUGGAGUCUGGGCUAGGUCAUCGCACUGUCCCACUGUUAUUGGCAGAGUCCUCUCUCACCAUGGAUGCACACAAUUGGACUUCACAGCUGCAGCUCAAUGCCGACAUGACUCUAGAGGUUAAUUACUUCAAUGAAAUGAAUGCUGUCUGGGAACCACUGAUAGAACGAGUGGAUGAUGGGCAACACCGAUGGAAGCUCAGCUUGGAGAUGAAAACCAAUCCUACGCGAGAUAAGAGCCCUGUACCUGGAGAUGAUUUCAUAAUAUUCCCUGAUCCUCAAACUGCUAUUACAAUAAGCUCAAGAGACACCAUGAACAUUACCCUCUCCAAAUGCUCACUCUCUGUCUUCAGUAACCUAGCCAAGGCAUUCUCAGAGGGUGCAGCUUCAUCCUUUGACUAUUUUCUGAAAGAAAAGGCUCCAUUCACCAUUCAGAAUGCUUUGGGUAUACCAUUGCUCAUCCAGCACAGCAGCAACUUGCGUAUUGUGGACAAACCUGGGCCAGGAAAACUGCAUGAAGUGGCUGUAAACCAGACCAUUGACUUGACUUACUCUUUGGUCAAGCCCUUAACUCGAGCAUGCCUGUCACCCCUUCAAAGACAGGAAAGCUGUCUCUUCUUGAGCAUAGUCCCCACAGGUUACAGUGAGAUCUCCAGUAUUCCCAUCAGUAAACCAGGUAGACGGCUCUAUAAUAUACGAGGACCACAUACACAUGAGGUUGUGUCAGUGCUGCUGCAGGUUGAUGCCAAACAGGGUAACAAGGUCAUCAUUGUCAGAUCUCCACUUCAGAUAAAAAACCACUUUUCUGUGCCUUUUGCUAUCCUAAAAUACUGCCCAAACAGUGGAAACAUGGUCAAUGUAGGCGUCUCCCAACCAGACAAAGAGUUACAUGUCACCUUAGAGUCUUACAGGUAUCAGCUCUUCCUUAUUCCUGUUGGUAAUUUAGAAGGUCAAUACUUACCAUCCUCUACAUGCAUCACCUGGAAAGAAAAUGUUCACAUGAGCUCUGAGGUGCAAUCGGAACUACUGUGCCCUGCUAGCAGUGCCAGUUUCCUUCCAUUGGUGGUGAAAACAUUUGCCAUACCUGAUGACCUGACUUUUAUAGCUGGUCAAGCAGAGGAAGACUGGGACCCUGCCUACAUUAUUCACUUGUAUCCAGCAGUGACUAUCCGCAACCUCCUGCCUUAUUCCAUACGGUACUUGCAAGAGGGCUCAGCAGAAUUUUACGAAAUAUCUGAGGGAAGCACUUCUGAUGUCCUGAACACCCGCAUCACUGGUGAAAUCAUGGAAUUUAUGUUGAUGAAGUAUCAGGGCCGAAACUGGAGUGGAAGGAUGAAAAUACAUGACAGCCUGGCAGAAUUUGUCUCUGUGUGCCUAAUCAGUCAGACAUCAGAGGAGCUGGUAGUGGAUCUGCAUGUCCAUGUAUCAAAAACCAAUGGAAAUCUGAUGCUUUCUAUCUUCAGCCCUUACUGGAUCAUCAACAAGACAUCCCGAGUGCUGCAGUAUAGUGCUGAGGACAUAUGUGUUAAACACCCAUCAGACUUUAGAGAUGUCAUUCUUUUCUCUUUCAAAAAGAAGAACUUCUUUAGCAAGAACAAAUUGCAGCUCAGUGUGUCCACAAGCUCCUGGUCUGAUGCCUUCUCUCUUGACACUGUUGGAAGUUAUGGCUGUGUCCGAUGUCCUGACAAGAAUAUGGACUACCUGGUUGGUGUUUGUAUCCAGAUGAGUAGUUUUAAUCUGAGCAGAAUAGUCGUCAUGACACCAUUCUACAUGCUGGCCAAUCAGAGCUGUUUAGAAUUAGAGGUGGGGGAAAUGCCAAGUGAGAACCAAUCCUCCAAGAAACGAUGGCAUUUCAUUGGAUCCAAAGAGUGUAUACCGCUUUGGCCAGAGCUGACCACCAAUAAACUCUGUGUUAGAGUGGUGGGAUCUGAAAUCACUUCUAAGUCUUUCUACUUCAACAAACAGGACAAUGGCACUCUGAUCAGUAUAGAUGAGUAUGGAGGCCUCCUUGUUGAUGUCAAUAUCUUGGAUCACUCAACAGUCAUCAGCUUCUCUGAUUACUAUGAAGGUUCUGCUCCUGCUUUGCUGAUCAAUCACACAUCCAGGGUCAGCAUUCUGUUUCAACAAAGUGGAUGCAAAGUACAUCAUGAGCUCAAGUCAGGCGAAGUACAACAUUUUGCAUGGGAUGACCCUUCAGGGAUUCGUAAACUCAGAUGGAGUUUCAGAGAACACCAAGGAGAACUAGACUUGGUGAAGGAUGAAUACGGUUCAUUUUCAAUGGAUGACGAUUGCCAUGUGCACUGGGUGAGCUUUCUUGAUGGGCGACAACGUGUUCUGCUCUUCACGGAGGAUGUUGCAGUGGUAGCUAAAGCACGACAGGCUGAGGAGCUGGAGCAAUUCCAGCAAGAAAUCAGUGUGUCUCUCCAGAACUUGGGGCUCUCACUGAUUAACAACAGGAACAAGAGAGAAAUUGCCUAUGUUGGCAUCACCAGUUCAGGAGUGGUGUGGGAGAUGAAGCCAAAGAACCGAUGGAAGUCAUUCAACCAUAAAAACAUAAGCUUACUUGAGAAAGCAUAUCAAAAUUACCUCUCAUCAGCUAAAGAGCCUUGCUGGGUGAAAGUAGAAAGCAAUUUAGAGGUCAAUUUUGGAAAGUUACCAAUGCAGAUGCGUCAGCCUUACUUCUGUCCAAUUCGGAGGAAUUCUCUGGCCGGGAUUCAAGUUGAAUAUAAACAGUCAAAACACCAGAGGAGUCUGAGGGCACAACUUCAUUGGUUACAGGUGGAUAACCAGCUCCCUGGUGCCAUUUUCCCUGUAGUCUUCCAUCCUGUGCCACCACCGAAGUCGUUGGCACUGGACUCAGAGCCAAAAGCAUUCAUUGAUGCCAGCGUUAUCAUCAGAUUUAAUGAGCACAGCCAAGUCAUGCAGUUCAAGUACUUCAUGGCACUUGUACAGGAGAUGGCAGUGAGGCUUGAUCAGGGUUUCUUAGGAGCACUCAUCUCUCUGUUUACUCCCUCUGUUGACAGCCAAUUCAGUAAAAAGCAGCUCAUUGUGAAGGAUUUAGACACACUGCAGGAGCAGUUGAUGGAGACAUCUAGAACAGACAGUUCAGGCCUCAGCUUCUUUGAACAUUUUCAUAUCUCCCCUAUAAAAUUACAUCUUAGCCUGUCUCUAGGCUCCAGUGGAGACGAGGCAGAGCAACAGGAAAUGGUAGCUGUCCAGUCAUUGAAUCUGCUACUUAAGAGUUUUGGAGCAACCCUCACUGAUGUGGAUGAUCUCAUUUUUAAACUUGCAUUCUUUGAAGUCCGCUUUCAGUUCUACCGAAGGGAAAAGUUGAUGUCAGCGGCCAUUCGGCAUUACUCUGAGCAGUUCUUGAAACAGAUGUAUGUAUUGGUGUUGGGACUGGAUGUGCUGGGGAAUCCUUUUGGUCUCAUCAGAGGCUUGUCAGAGGGAGUGGAGGCCUUUUUUUAUGAACCAUUCCAGGGAGCUGUACAGGGACCAGAAGAAUUUGCAGAGGGCUUUGCCAUUGGAGUACGCAGUCUUCUGGGACACACAGUGGGAGGAGCAGCAGGAAUGGUAUCACGGAUCACUGGCUCUGUGGGUAAAGGUUUGGCAGCAAUCACCAUGGACAAAGAAUAUCAGCAGAAACGCAGAGAGGAGAGAAACAGACCUCCCAAAGAUUUUGGAGAAAGUCUUGCCAAAGGAGGGAAGGGUUUUUUGAAGGGUGUGCUUGGGGGUGUGACUGGAAUUGUCACCAUGCCUGUAGAAGGUGCAAAGAAAGAGGGUGCAGCUGGCUUCUUCAAGGGAAUUGGAAAAGGAUUGGUAGGCGUUGUUGCCAGACCAACUGGAGGCAUUGUUGAUAUGGCCAGCACUACCUUUCAGGGUAUUCAAAGAGUGGCAGAAUCUUCGGAGGAAGUGAACAAAUUACGCCCAGCACGUCUAAUUCAGGAAGACGGGGUGAUCAGACCAUACAACUUACAUGAAGCCCAAGGUUAUGACUUUUACCAGAGGUCAGAGAUUAAGCAGGUGGAUGGGGAAUUCUUCAGGGAACACUUUGAUUUCCCUGGACACAGGAAAACUAAAAUAAUCAUAACUAACAGGCGGGUAAUGUGUGUGAAGGAGAUAGAGUUCGUUGGUCACUUCAGCAAGGACUGGGAAUGCCUUUAUAAGCUCUUCUACAAACCACCCAGUGUAGAGGGAUCAGACCUCAAGCUUUAUUGUAAGGAGCAGAAUAAAUUGAGGAUCUCUAAGAAAGAUGGUGAGGAAGUGAGAGUUGUGGCAAUGAAAUAUGCUGAGCUUGCAGAGAAAUUGCGAGAUGCCAUAGUGAGUGCUCAGAUGGCUCAGUACCAACAGCAGAUGACACGCCAGCAGUCUCACCGCCUUCACAAGCUUUGAUCAAUUGCCUUAAAUUUUACUGAUGUUCGCAAUCUUUAGUCCUUCACAGUUUGCUUGAUUUUUGCUGUAUGCUCUUCACCCACUCCUACUAUCGCAUACAACCUACAGGCAGAAAAUUAUUUGAAAUGUAACCUCUCAAAAUUAAAAAGUUUCUUUCUGUGCACAUGAUUUUUCUGUAAAACAGCCAUUGGCAGAUUUCUUUGUUACUGGCUAUUUCAUGUUUAACAUUAAUACAAUGUUUGCUUAUUUCAUUCCAAAAUAUUAAUUUGUGUAUUGCAACUGUCAUCUAUCAUGCAAAAGUUCAUUGUAAUGUCUUAAUUCUGUCUGUUUAUUCAUGUCAUCCCAAAUCAUACUAGUUUCUGCCAGGUCUGUCUGGUGAUCUUUAGAUUUACUAUCUGUGAUAUGUGUGUCUCACUGGAGUAAUUAAAUAUUUUCAAAAUGAAUUAAAUGAAUGGGGAAAAUCCUCUGGAAUAUGGUAUUUCAAUACUUCAAAAAUGAUAAUAGUACUUAUACAGCAUACAGGACACGUGUGUGUGUGUGUGUGUUUGGUGGGGGGCGGGGGGGUGUCUAUAUUUUCAUCAAUCCACACGAAUAUUUCUUGAUGUCAAGCCAAAAACCUGCUUUUGUUUUUGUUUUUUUUAAUUUUGUUGAUUAAAAAUAAAAGCAUGAAAUAUCA